UACGUGUUAUUUCUGCGGAAGCCACGUCAAGAUCAGCAGACGUCAACAAGGUUCCAACAAUUCGUGAGCCUAGCGAAAAUAUAGGAAUUGCUUGUGAAACCAAGCGGGUGCUUUGUCAAAAUGCAGGGGCAGUAUAAUAUGCGCAGUCCAGCUGUUAAAAGGCUGAUGAAGGAAGCCCAUGAACUGAAAGAUCCAACAGAACUGUACUAUGCACAGCCUUUGGAAGACAACUUGUUUGAAUGGCACUUUACAUUGCGUGGUCCAGAAGACAGUGAUUUUGAUGGCGGCAUAUACCAUGGACGCAUUGUCCUUCCACCAGACUAUCCUAUGAAGCCACCAAGUAUUAUCUUACUAACACCAAAUGGAAGAUUUGAAACCAACAAAAAAAUAUGCCUUAGCAUUUCUGGUCACCACCCUGAGUCCUGGCAGCCUUCAUGGUCCAUCCGUACAGCACUUUUGGCCAUUAUUGGAUUUAUGCCAACUCAUGGUGGUGGAGCCAUUGGUUCCCUUGACUACACUCCUGAAGAGCGCAAGGUUUUGGCCAAGAGGUCUCAGGACUGGAAAUGUUCUGAUUGUGGUGAUUUGAGCUGUAAACUCAAGCCACUGACUGCUGCAUCAGAGAAAGCAUCCAAAGAAGCAAAAGAACUUGCAGCACAAAUAAACUUUUCUGGGGAGAAAACUAUCAAGUCAGAUACAAGUGGAAGUGAUGAGCCUAAAUCAACACCGAAUAGCACUGCUGCAACAGCAGCACCUGGCAGUGGAAAGGACACUGCAGGAGCAUUUCGCCCACUACUUCCUGGGGCUCAGUUUCCUUGGCCAGUUCCCCCUGGAUGGCCUCUAGCAGGAACAAAUAAUUGUUUGGGUGCUGUUCCUCGUUUUCCUUACCCGCCCUACUGUAUGCCUCCAAACUUUGCAGCAUCUAACAGCCAGAGAGGAACAAGCAGUGGAGCCCAGCAGAUGCCCUUUUUUCCACCGGCACCAUUUUUUCCUCCCUUCUUGGGAGGAAUGCCUCCAUUUCCACCAACCCACUGUGCUCAGGCAUCACACCCCCAGACUCCUGGGGCAAGCCAGACAUCACAAGUUGAUCAGCCUGCUCCCAGCACCUCAGUGAGCUUGCCCAGCCACCACAUCCUCCUUGACACCACCGUUGGAUUCUUCCCCAUCACCAGACGUUAAGUGACUUCUUUUUCUCCUGCUGCUUCGCCAGUCAUGGUGCCAAGUUCUUCAGAUCCAAGUGUUGAGCAGGUUGGAUCUACAAGUUCUUCAAGCUUUGGCAAGUCCACCUCUGGUACUUCUUCAGUUCCAUCUGAGGCUGCUGCUAGUUCUUUAUCCACUAUGCAGCCAAACCCAAAUGCUGCCACGCCCUCUUCAGCAAGCACCCAGCCGACCACAGAACUGCGGCAACGUCAGAUGCAGCCAACAUCUCCAUCGUCUCAGUCAGCAGGAACAGCCACAGGCAUGAGCAGGGGGGACAGUAACAACAGGCAGCAACACUCAGAUGGUACAGCUAUUUUCAUCAUGAUGAUUUUGUUAGGCGUAGCAAUAAGUCUUCUGCUGGUUCGACGUCUGUAUCUCUGUUACCUAAGUUCAGACAUGCAGGACAUAUUUGAGGAGUGAUGAUCUUUUCACAUGAGGACAGACUGUUAAUGAGGCUGCAGUCUCAUUUUGGGAGUGAACUGGCAUGAUGAGACAAAAUGUUUUUGAAUUCAAUUGUGUGUUAAUGCUAGCAAGUGUGCAAUAAGUGCUUUGUUGAGAGCCAUGAGUUCUAUGUCAUGCUGGAUUUAUUCCUUUUACUGUCACUGAACAUUUCCGGAUGACAGUGACCUGUGUGUGUGAGAGAGAGAAUGGGCUGCUAUGAGCAUUUUGUGUUUGAUUCAUUUUAUUCAUGUUAUAUUUUAUCUGUCACUAUGUGGGAAAACAGAAGGCAGUUGUAAAGUUCCAUUUGAAGUCCAAUAUGGUUUUGUUAUUUUAGGUUACUCCAGAUAUACUAGUCUGAUUAGAUUUUAAAAAUAUUUUUGUUCUGAUUGCAUAUAAAUGUGAACUGUGCAUGCGGUCUGAAAGAAUGGGAGAAUAGUAAAUCACCUGUUGACAAAGAUUUAUAAGCUACCAAGUUCCUGAGUAUUGAGUAGGUGACUAGUAAAAUUGCACUUCUCAAGUAUCUGCCUUACAGGAUCUUAACUGAUGGUAAGAAGGCAUGCAGCCUUUGUUCAAAAGUAUUUUAAUUUUGAUUGGAAAAGAUGGGUGAAAGCUUCAUCUUAAUGAGGGUUAGAUGGCUAUGCAUGAAUGCCUGAGUAGUGAAUUACUUCACACUCAUUUUCAUGCGUGUUAAAAUAAUCUUUGCAUCUUGAAUAUCAAAAACAAAGUUUCUUCGCCUGAACUUUUAUGAAGGAUUGGGUAUUUUUUUGUGAUGCAUUAUUUUGUAAUUUUGAAAUGUUAUGUUGCUUUUUUUGUUAAUAUUAGGUGCAAUAGUUUCUUCUGAGGUGUUGGUUUUACAAUUUUGCAAUAGGUAGCAUCACUUUAGUAAUAUUUUAGCAUUGAAAUCUCAUUUUCAGAAUAGUUUGGUAUCUUACGGGGUAAGUGGCACUCCAUCACUGAAAGAUUGAAGUAAAAGGCAUUCCAUUACUGAAAUUCCAGGCUGUCCCAGGAAUAGAGUUCAAACAGGACUUUAUUCUCAAAGUUGACUAUUUUGAUGCCUGCUUGAACUGUUGACUGAAAAAAACCUUUCCGUCCACAGCCUUCCAAGGAAUGUUACGGGUGGCAGGCAGUAGUCAGCUGUGUUCCAUCUUUAAGCCAUGCCUGAUCAUACUGGUCUUUCCUGUCUCUAGAUUAUAUAUAAUUUUUGGGUCUCUCCCCUCUCUAGAUGUAUGUAUAAUUUGUAGGUGCAUGUGUGAUUCAUCAUGUACCUAAAAACAGAAAAGAGGAAGAAAAACAGGUCAUAAUUUUGUUUCUGCAUUGCUCAAUAUUUUAGUCCAGUCUGUGCCGAAAGAGUGGUUUUGAGACAAUGAGUACCUUUUAGGUAAGAGACUGUGAUUCUUUUCUGUGAAGCUUAGCCUCUGUGCAUAGCCUUCCUUUGAAAUAAUUACAUUACAACUCAAAAAGAAUUUUUUUUUUUUUUUUGUAAAUAAAGAUUUGAGAAAA